UCUCCUCCCCUAUGCUGUUUGACGAGCGCAAGUAUCCCUACCACCUCAUGCUGCAGAAAUUCCUCUGCUCCGGCGGCCACAACGCCCUCUUCGAGACCUUCAACUGGGCGCUCUCCAUGGGGGGCAAGGUCCCCGUGGCUGAGGGGCUGGAGCACCCGGACCUGCCGGACGGGACAGGGGAGUUCCUGGACGCCUGGCUCAUGCUUGUGGAGAAGAUGGUGAAUCCCAGCACGGUGCUGGAGUCGCCGCACUCCCUGCCCGCCAAGCUGCCGGGCGGGCAGAGCUACCCGCAGUUCAGCGCCCUGCGCUUCCUGGUGGUGACCCAGAAGGUGGGUGCCCGGCCCGGGGCGUGACUGCUGCAGCCGUGC